AUGAUUGAAGGAAAAAGAAUGGCCGCUUCUCCAGGCAAGACCGUUGGCGAUGAGGAAACACUAUCCGAUUCCUUGAGGUCUAGAUUUAAUACUUCGCUACAGAACAGGAAUACUAAGAAGCUCCUUCUGAAGAUAGAAGACUCUCCUACACAAAAAGUUGUUUUGGCCGAGGAAACCGCAAGGGGCACAGCUAGGGCUCAAAAUAUGCACGACGCACAAAGGCUGCAACGGUCGGCGACUACAGGCCGUAAGCGCAAGGAAGUCCAGAUAUACACGUUGUCUAGCGUAGCAAGACCCACAACACCUUCUUCCUAUUCUACACCUAAUAGGGAGUCUCUUCCGGGACUCAAACGGAAUAAAUCUCUCCCACUCUUUUUGAAAACUUCGGUCCAGUCGUCUCUCCCUAGCCCACAAGCUAGUGAAUCGCCGCGGAUCCGUGCUCAGACUAUUUCCAUUUCUACACCUGGAGUGCCCAAAGUUGGUGGUGAGGCCAGAACGUGGGUAUACCAAAAAGAGUCACUGAGCUCUUCCUCGGACGAUGAAGGACCUUAUUCGUUUUCGGAUGAGUUUAAGGAUAAUGCAUACCCUAAGGGUCCGCUACUUGUAUGCGGAUCAAAUAUUUUCUUAUACUCAGAGCCCACACUCGAGGAUGUACUGAAAUUCGAUGUAGUGGUGAAUGUGGCGAAGGAAAUACCGAAUUUUACCUCAAAACUUCCUUCUUGCAAACGAAAAGAUUACCACCACGUGAACUGGACCCACACUUCAAAAAUUUGCGAUGAUCUGCCCUAUCUGACAGACAUUAUUCACCAGGCAGACAUCAAUAACCGUAAGGUUUUAAUACAUUGCCAAUGCGGGGUAUCACGUUCAGCAUCCUUAAUAGUAGCUUAUAUUAUGAAAUAUCAGGACUUGAGCCUGAAUGAUGCUUACAACAUGCUCAAAGGGGUUGCCAAAGAUAUAAGCCCAAAUAUGAGUCUGAUUUUUCAGCUUAUGGAGUGGAACGAAAAACUUCGAGGGAAACAACACCAAACGCAAACUCACAUGAAUAUUGAUGAGACCAGUGAUGGCUUGAACAACUCCAUUUGCGACAAUAGCUCUACUUCACUCGCUCCAAUACACAUUUCAGAUAUUGUAUCGCAGCAAAAUGUUCAGGAUCUCUCCAAACUUUCGCUUUCAAGCCCCAAUUGCUCAAGCAUUUCAACGGAGAACACACCUUUCACUCCAAAUGAAUUUCUGGGGUCCGACCCAUCCCCAGCAUCAUCCACAGGGUCAACUAAACUCUCCACUUGCACCAAACCUACACUCUCGACUCCUUAUUCCCCUAUUCUAGAAACCUUCUCUCAAUCACCAGUAGAGGUAGUUGGCAAAAAGUGA